AUGUCGCAGCAGUUUGGCAGCUCGAUGGCCGACGAUGACAACAUGGAUAUUGACAUUGACAUUGAUAUGGACGCUGAUGUCGAACCGAUCCCUGAACCAGAACUUGAGGAAGGAGAAGAGUACGAGUUGACACCGUUCAAUGCACCAAUUCCUGAUACGUUAGUACCAGCGAUCUACACUGAAGACCCUGAACAAGAGAUACAACCCACCAAAGUCCAUAUUCGAGGCAUUGACGAUUUCUCCACCGAUGAUGUGCGGAAUUUUGCCAUGGACUACUUUUCCCCACCCCCAACCUUUGUCCAAUGGAUCGACGAUACCUCCGCCAAUCUGGUCUAUCCUUCAUCUGACCUUGCUCUCCAAGCACUGGAAGCUCUCUGCGCAGUCACACCUACCAAAACAGACAUCAUCAACAGUCCCCUACAGCUACGAGAAGCAAAGCCUCGCGCAGGCUCCCAUCUCCAAGUCCGCAGAGCAACAGCCAGCGACAAGAAGAGACGCAAUGCCAAAGAAGCAAGCCGCUACUACCUCCUCCACCCAGAGGCCGAUCCCAUCGAGCGCAUGCGAGCCGAAUUCGCAAACGGCCGUAGCCGCCGCAACGGUGACCAUGGAGACUACCAGCGAAGACGAUACAACGACCGCGAAGACCGAAGGAGGAGGGACCAAGAUGCCAAUGGCGAAUCGGGAGGAGGAGCAGACUUCAAUGCAAGCAUGUACGACGACAACCCUGAACCAGCAAGACCCUCGCGCAGUCGUGGUGCUGGCGGUGGGAGGCGAACCGCGCGCAACCGCAGCGCCUCCCCUGGCCGCAGCACAACCAACAGUGACGAAAUCAUCCUCGACGAUGCCUCUGACCCUUCCGAAACUGAGCGCCCCUCUUCCUCUUCCUUCCGCCGCAAUCGACCCACCAACCGAUUCCGAGACCGCUCUCCACCACCCACCUACUCCCGCGAUGAUCCCCAUCCCUUCCCCAAGGCCAACCGCGAGAAAGAGCUCUUCCCCUCCUCCAUCUCCGGCACACAGACCAGCAGCGGCCAACUGGCAAGUGACAAACUCCAGGCGCAAAAGCAAGCCGACCGCGUCGCCGCAGCCGCGAAGCUGAAGAAAGAACUCUUUCCCAACCGCACCGAUCGAUCAAAUCACCGCCGCAGCGACGCGUUCGAUGCGCGUGCCAAAGCGGAUGCUGCGAAUGCAGAUGAGCUGUCUCGGCGGAUGAGGGGGAGGAUGGACAUCAGCGAUCACAACACGCCGGCGUCAGCAAGCAGCAAUGGCAAUGCUGGGAAGGAACUCUUUUCCACCCCGACUUCCAGUUCCGGUGCUGGGCCGAGGAGUGGGGAUGACAGCGGGCUCAACAUCAAGGGUACAGCGGGUCUAUCGAUCAAGGGCGGAGCGGGGAUGAGCAUCAAGGGCGCGGCUACAGCACCAGCGAAUGUGCGGGAGUUGUUCCCGGACAAGUUCGUCAAGGGUGGGAGUGGGAAUGAGGGAAAGGAGCUGUUUAGCGACAAGAUCAGGGGCCGCGGGACGCUGCGCAGGAAUAAGGCGGAGGAUCUCUUUGGCUGA